UUAUUAUUGCGUUCUUAAGGCUAAAUUUGUAGAGACUAUUAAAUGCAGCGUUUUAUCCAGAUUGCAAUGCGAGAAUUAAAUUGAUACAGAUUCUCGCUUCAGGCUUACAGAAUCUGGAAGGUAAACAAGGAAUGCAGUCGGCAAGUCUUCUUUGAGUAGCGAUUGCUAAAAUCUCUAACGCAGUAUGCAGGUGGCAUAACGGAAAUGGAGCUUUCUUAACCUUUGGUUCCGACGAGAAUAAUAUCGAAAAAGAAUCGCGUUUCUUUUUCGAAGGACGUGAGGACUUCGGUUCAGCAGUCAGAUGAAGCAGAAAACACGCCUUCUGGAUUGAUUGAAACGCGGCUGAGCUCUCAAUUUACAACUCGAUUGAAAAGCCUUUUUGUGCAAUUGUUUCGACUCUAACACAGGAUAGCAUCCGUCGUGUGGUGGGGGCAGACAACAACGUCAUGACCGGUUGCUACAUUGCCCGUGCUAGUGGCAUGGUGAGCGAUGACGUUGGAUGUGUGGGUGCUCUUCAAACAUGUAAGGUCGAUAAAUGUAAUGGCUGCCUUGGAUGACAUAAACGCAAAGUAUGCUGUGAUGGGUCGACAGACGCUCAACUUGCUGGUAAAGUCGAAACUUAUUCAGCAGAAUCUGCUUUUAUUUCAAAUCUUUGGGCAUCUAGUUCUAGAAAGGAAGACUGCACAUAAACUUCACAGGUAUGUAAAGACUAUGGUUGCUUUACUUGUCUCUUCCGUCAACCAAAUGCUCAUAUUUUCAAGACGCCGAUCUCUCCAUGAUUUAUGAGUAAGUCGUGGGCAUAGAUCUUGUUUGUGAAUUUCUUGGAGGAGGAUGAACAACUCAGUGAAAUGUCAAGUUCACGUUCUCAAUCGUAUCGACUGCUAGAUCGUAAUGUACUUCAAAGGCCUUUCUAUCUCGCAGCUCAAUUUUAUGUAUCUAAUCGGCACCCCUUUCAUGGGGUCGCAGUGUCUGACGUCAAGGAUAAUUGGCCUGACAAUGAUAUCGUAUUAUGCCGUUGGUAUGUAAUCGAUUUAACCACUGGCUCUAUUUUAUACGGUGCCAAGCAGAUACUUGAUACCUUACGAGAGCUAUCAAGGUGUAGAUCAAAUGAUUUCUCAUUAACAAUGAAAGCUACUUUUUCUACUGCAAAAAUUCUUUGAGAUCGUUAAGUAGUCUUCACGCAUGGUAAUUUGUAUCGUCAAUACCAUUU